GGAGAACGUGAUGCGUUUGAUACACUGUUCGAUUAUGGUCCAGAUAAGCUGGCACACGUCAAAAGUUCACUGUUAGCGUUUUGCAACAAACAUCUGAACAAGAUCAAUCUUGAAGUAAGUGAUCUUGAGACACAAUUCCAAGACGGUGUUCAUUUGGUGCUGUUGAUGGGCUUACUCGAAGGCUACUUCGUACCACUCUAUAGUUUUCAUUUACAGGUGUCGACCCACGAACAAAAAGUGCACAAUGUAGCAUUUGCAUAUCAGUUAAUGGCAGAGGCUGGUGUUCAAAGACCUCGAGCACGUGUGCAAGAUAUUGUUAAUGGUGAUCUGAAGAGCACUCUACGAGUUUUACAUUCUCUUUUCACUAAAUAUAAACACGUCUGA